GUUCAAUUGUAAAUCACUGUGACGACGCCAAAAUUCCCGUGCCAAAUUCAACAACAGCAACCUUGACGGACGCGAGAUUGGCUACCCAGUUUCUCGUGUCAUCGGGUGACAGAGGAAAAGGCACAUGCCGACGGCUUCACAUUAUGACAGUGCUCAAUUGCUUACGCACUUGCGAACCUCUGCUCUCGACCCUGGAUCUUUGCCUAAGCUUGAGCUAGAUGAGCUGAUGCGCGAGAGCUACAAGUGCCUGACUCGACAUAAUGAAGAUGCCACAGCUCCCGAUCUGUUUCAUUGGUACUGUGAUCAAGCUGCUCCAGUUGUGAAAGAGUCUGCCAUCUUCCUCAUUCGCCUUCACGCAUACAAUGGUCCGCAUGUACCGAUAUGGAAGAGUAUGUGUUUGCAGGUGAUUAGUUCGUGCUGCGACUGCUCCUAUGCAUACCAAUGUGCAAAACCCUUGUGCCGGACUUCAUAUCUCUCCGAUUAUGCGCCCGCAACGUUAGACAAGUUCUUUGAAGCUAUAGACAAAUGGGAAUUACACGAUGUCACGGAGAUCUGCAUACAACGUAUUCAUUCAAAGGACUCGACAGAACUCAAAACCCCCAUACCAUUUCCAAUCGCAUAUCGCAUUCUAUGUAGCCCGUAUCUUCUUCAAGACGCGCCACUUAUGGAUUUCUUAACGACUAGGUCGAUUUCUAACGCAUCGGGCCUACAGCCAACUCAACCUCCUUGUGCCUUUCCUCUGCUGGCUCUUGACAGUCGACCUCAUAUACGUGAAUGGUUUGAAACCAGUAGAUCCCAUUUUCCAUAUUUCACGAAGUUCGACGGUCCCGUAUCGAUAAUAUUUGGUGAGGUGCUGGUUACCUUAUCCGGAAACGCAGGUCCGACCGGGGAGCCCAAACCUACUUCUUUGCUUGAAACGUCUACAAGAGGCGCGUCACUGUGGGAUCUUCUACCAAACGCGUUCCAACUGUUUUGCCUGCCAGCAAUUUUGGAGCUUUUUAAUUCACGACGUAAACAAUUUCCGCGUCUCCUGCUGAGCCAUCUUUCCGAUAGAACUAAUUUCCAGGGUGUAUUGAGGUGUUUUUUGCAAGUUAUUGCAAUCUUACGCGAAUCUCUGUGGUUUGAGGACGCGCCAGAGUUGCCGGGGGUUGUGUUAGACUCCAUUAAGGACAAUCAAGCGAUGCCUCAUGCGCUACAGGAUGGGCGCAAUGCUGAACACAAUUGGGCCCUAGACUGGAUUCUCCCAUACCUCCAAUCUCUGUGGUCAUCGAAGGCCUUUUCGAGCUCAUUCGCAAAAAUAUUUAUCUACCUUGGGGAGGAACUUCAGCAUGCUAUAUACAGCGACCGUGUCCAUGUGUAUGCGUUCGAGACAUUGUUUCAGGUUCUAUUGACACUUCACGGACGGGCAACAGAAGAAUCGAAUGCAGUACAGCAGCUCACAAUGUUGCGACUAUGCGAAACUCAUUCGGCUGUGAUAACGGCAGUAGCCUUAGGUUCACAGUACCAGUCACCCGCAUGGAACAAUCCUCGGCAGACAGCUCAGACAGUCCUCAAACGUUUGUUGAUGAGGGAUGCAGAGGCUGCCUUACAAUGUCUAAGCGAGCUUUGUCGUGCGCGGAGGGAUCUUUCCAGGAUCUUCAUAUCACGCUCGGCUGCUCCCUCAGUGUCGUCGGUUGAAGCAUGUUCACCUCUACCUCAGGGUGUAAUGAUUCACACACAACUUUGGGAAAGCGUGUAUGGUCGACUUCACCCGAAUCAUGCGGACGGCAUUGCUCUGGUGCUUCCAGCAGUGACUCGCGUCGCGCACGUUGAUCGUCUUCGGAUAGGCCCGGAUGAAGCGUUCUCGUCCAGCUUUCUCAAAACAGACCAGGCGCUUCGAAGUCGCUUUGUGCGAUGUACCCAUAACGUUUGGGGUGCACUGGGGACUAUUCGAGACUCGUUUGGCCCCUCCCUCGAGUCCUUUGCCGAGUUAGCCGGAGUCGACUCGUUGGUGAAAUUCUUGUCGAAAGAAGGAGUCACGGAGGAUGCCAUUCAGCUUAUGCUGUGCCCUAUAGACUCUUUGAAUGGGGCCGCGAAGGCGCUCGGGCUGAACGCUUAUGAUGCGGUGGAACGUUCUGCAUGCUAUAAGGCUUUCCUGGAAAACCAUCCUACGGCUUCAUUCAAAGGACUCAUAUCUUAUCUUACAACAUUCAACCACUAUGCUUCCGCGAUGCCUGAGGCUUGUGGAACAUCAAAGUAUGUUGUCCGCAGUAUGACAGACAUUUUAUCGUGUCUUGGAGAUGCAGCGUCGGGACUCUUGCUCGAUGAUGAUUACGGGGACUCGGAAAAUCUACCGCUCUUUGCAUAUGUUCCCAAGCUUUGGAGACGCAUGACGGAUGGUCUUUCGAUUAUUUUCCGUUUAGUGAAGUCGUGGUCGAUUUUUUAUCCCUAUGAAGAGAUGGUGGUCUGGAUGCGUGAUGCGCUGAUCUUUGGACGAGAUAUGAUUGCCGUCGUCGAGGUCUUGCAAACCGCCACAAAUCGUGCAGGUGCCCGGCUGGCGUCCUCAUCAGAUGCAGAGACCCCCAACCUCAUAGCGGAUCUUUGCGUGAUCCUGUUAGAACUCAUUGAGUGGUUGAAAUUAACCGAUGAAGAGACUCUGCACCAGUCCCACCAACUAUUGAAGUCUCUGUUCGCCUUCUUUGCGUUGUCAAAGACAAAUCCUCCCCGUUCUGCUGUCACAUUAUUGGAGCGAUACGCGAUGCGGGCCAAGGGUACUAAGACGCAGCUGGAUGACAGCAAAUUGGCCGAGCUUAUGGCUGUCAUGGAACCGUUCUUAGACCAGGAUGUAACCAUUAUUCAGCCUCCGAAGCUAAGAUCUACUCCAAAGACGCCUGCGUCAACGAGUAAUGAUGAUGAUGAUAUCGAAUACUUGGGGACUUCAAGCGGUCCCGCGGAACGCAAGGAGUCUCAAAGAGUCGUUCCAGAAAGUCUGCGUACCGAAUCGACGUCUCGGGACGAUUCUCGAUCCAGGUUGCGAAUGUCUGCUGUCGUCAUCCCCCCUUCGACUCUAGGGGCCAAGGGUGUUAUGUCCAACUUCGUCACAAAACUUGCCGCGCCGAAAACUUCCAAAAUCUCAAAAGGGAGACCGUCCUACAAACCGAUUGAAGUUGAACGACCUUCCGAAAUUGCUAUUCAGAAUUACAGGAAGGCGCAGCAAGCUGGCAAGGAGAGUAUCCCAAGCAAUGGCAUCCUGGCGGGUCCCUCCAUCACUCCGUCCGUUCCAUCGAAGAUCGAAUCGAAGUUGAGAGCACCUGCACCGGAAGUUGUUUCCUCGUCUUCGGAGGCCACAUCGAGUGAAGAUGAGAACGGGGCAGACGAAUUGCGCACAAAGAUUCCCUCCCCUAAAAUAGCGAAGGUUGAGCGCCGUCAGAUAAAAGUGGUCAAUCAAUCGAUUCGGCAAACAGUUGACCAAGAGGCGUUAAGGAAGGAGGAGGCUCGUAGAACUGAGUUGAGGCUAAAGCCCGACUUGAGUGCUUUCUACCGCCAUGUGCUCGAAUGGGACUAUGACUCUGCAGGCUCCGAGCCUCCUGAUGUCCAACCACAAUUUUCCAAGAUUCCCGAUUCUUUCCCUCCUGGAAAUGCUAUGGAGGUAUAUUCAAAGGUCUUCGAACCGCUUAUCCUUCUCGAAACGUGGAGUCAACUCAUCAAGACGAAGGAAGAAAUCCCGACAACCUUCGAGGCUGAAGUCACCGCACGAGGUCGCACAGACAAAUGGCUUGACCUCGAAGUCUCUAUCUCAGAAGCCAUUUCCCCUGGAUGGUAUGUCACCGAGAACGAUAUUGUUCUUCUGCGGGAAGCGGAUGGACCAAAGAGUAUUUUAUGCAAAGUGAAGAAAUCAAAGUUAGCACGUGAAAGCUUGAGUAUAGGCUUGCGGUGCAGCCCUUUCACAAACGCUCUUGCGUCGGUUGACUCUUUGCUUAUGAUUCGGUCCAGAUGGAAAUUGACUCGUUUGAUGAGCUUAAGUACCGUGUACCGGGAAUACGCAGCGCUCCGAGGGUUACAAUAUUAUGACCUCUUUGAAGAUAUAGUUCAUCCAAAGAGAGGAGUCCUUCCUAAGGCUUCGCCCGAACGCGUUAAGGAAUGCAUGUCGAGGCAUCAAGUCAAUGAGCCUCAGGCGAACGCAAUUGUAGGGUCAUUGCAGAUCCGUGGCUUUUCUCUUAUUCAAGGGCCUCCUGGGACGGGGAAGACGUCCACCAUUGUGGCUUUGGCAUAUACGUUCUUGUUGAACCGACGGAGGCCUGCCACCGCAAUUUUUGUAGGUCGCGAGUCUCGCUCCGAGGAUAAGGAGCCGCCCAAGAAGCUACUGAUUUGUGCACCGAGCAACGCCGCUAUCGAUGAAGUUGCGCAACGCUUGAAACAAGGUUUCCGCAAAUCUGAUGGGAGUCUCUACAUCCCCAAGAUCGUUAGAAUUGGCGCAGAGGAGAAAAUGAACCCUUCGAUCAAGGACAUUUCCUUAAAUGUCCUGGUGGCCGCGAAAAUGGGGGCAGAGCCGACGACAACGGAUCUCACCGCUCUACGGGGAAGUUUGAAAGAGAUUGGUAACAAAAUCCGAGUAAAAUUGGAGGAAUUGGAAUCUCUCAAGGACAAUCCAUCCAGAACUUCUGAUCUGCAGCGUGAACUACACGAGCUCAAGAGUGAACGAACGAAAUUGGGGCGGAAUUUAGAUGCUGCGAAGGACGCCAAUACGAACAUUAGCCGUGCUCGGGAUAGUAACAUUCGCAAAUUCGAGGCACAGAUUUUACACGAGGCUGAUGUGAUUUGUUCCACGCUUUCAAGUAGUGGCCAUGCCUCCUUGGCCCCGUAUUUAUUCGAGACCGUCAUUAUUGAUGAAGCGGCACAGUCAAUAGAGUUAAGCUCAUUGAUCCCUCUCAAGUACCGGUGCACUCAAUGUAUACUCGUUGGAGAUCCGAUGCAGUUACCGCCCACAGUCCUUUCGCCUCUAGCAGCAAGGCACAUGUACAAUCAGAGCCUGUUUGUCCGUCUUAACAGACAUAAGCCUGCUUACCUCCUUAGCAUUCAAUACAGAAUGCAUCCUGAAAUCAGCGUGUUGCCCCGUAAUCUAUUUUAUGAAGGGAGACUGAAAGAUGGACCUGACAUGGCCGCAAAGCGUUUGACGCCAUGGCAUUCUGAUUCAUUAUUUAGACCAUACCAGUUUUUCGACGUGGCAGAUGGAAGAGAAGAAAUGGCUAAGGGCCAUUCUCUGCUUAACAGGACUGAAGUCAAGUUUGCUGUCAGCCUCUACGAACGCCUCCGCAACGUGUUCUCAUCGAGGGUAGACCUUGAUCAACGCGUUGGUAUUAUUGCGAUGUAUGAUGCUCAGAAGAACGAACUCCAACGGCAAUUUUCAGCCAAGUUCUCCCGGAGCAUUCUGAGCAGCAUUGAUUUUGGCACAGUCGAUGGCUUCCAGGGGCAAGAGAAAGACAUCAUCAUCGUGUCUUGCGUUCGAGCCGGACCCAAUGUUCAGAGGAUUGGACACUUGGUUGAUAUCCGGCGGAUGAAUGUCGCCAUGACCCGUGCUAGAUGUUCAUUGUUCAUCCUUGGACAUGCCGCAACGUUAGAGCGUUCGAAUGAUAUGUGGGCCAAGAUAGUCCAAGAUGCUCGAGAACGAAGCUGCUUUACGAACUCGGCACAGAUUGGCGGUGUAACGAGGAAUUUGCAGGCCUCAUGGAGGCCUCAGCCGAAAGUGGCCAAAGCGAGAAUCAGUCCCAAGAAGAUAGCUACAAUACAGACAUUGCCAUUGAGGCGACCUAGUGACAUGAGCCAGCCCAAUGCUGCAUCUGGGGCUUCGCCACAAAACGUCCCAGCUUCUCAGAGCGAAAGUUCAACGGUGUCAAGUAUUCCCUCCAAGCGCCAGGCACCCGACGACGCGCAGGAAUCUCGAAACCUCAACCCCCAAUCAAUGGGGCAAUCAAACGGGAAGCGACAGAAACCUGGUCCUAGCUUGUUCAUUCCAAAAAAGGUGAACGAGAUCUUGUCGUAAACAGUAACACUAUUUACCUUCUCCCCUGGUA